UCUGCGUUGAAGAAGGGAAGCGGCGCGCGUUGACGUCAUUUCCGACGGGAGAAGGUUGAUGUGUGCAGGCGUCUCGCGCGGCUCUUUCUUUCCGCCGCCAUCAUGGGUCGCAUGCACGCUCCAGGGAAGGGUUUAUCCCAGUCUGCCUUGCCUUAUAGGCGAAGUGUGCCCACUUGGCUGAAACUCACUUCUGAUGAUGUAAAAGAACAGAUUUACAAGUUGGCUAAGAAAGGCCUGACUCCCUCGCAGAUUGGUGUGAUCCUGAGGGACUCCCAUGGUGUUGCCCAAGUUCGUUUUGUGACAGGCAACAAAAUUCUCAGAAUUCUUAAAUCCAAGGGGCUUGCUCCUGAUCUUCCAGAGGACCUUUACCACUUAAUCAAAAAGGCAGUUGCUGUUCGUAAGCAUCUUGAAAGAAACCGAAAGGAUAAAGAUGCCAAAUUCCGACUCAUUUUGAUUGAAAGCAGAAUUCAUAGACUGGCUCGUUACUACAAGACCAAGAGAGUACUGCCACCUAAUUGGAAGUAUGAAUCAUCUACAGCUUCUGCUCUGGUAGCGUAAGAACUUCUAUUCACUUUGGGAAUCAACUUACUCUUAUUCAGUAGCCCCCUCUGGUGUUGUGCCAGAAAAGAUGUCAAACAGGCUUCACAUUUGUUAGCCAUAGUGAAAUAAAUUGUGUUCUUACCCAUACCAAUAAAAGCCUCUGGUUUUUCCAUCAA